UAUUGACAACACGCGGGCAUGAGGUUCGCGAAAUUGGUGUUAAAUUGAAGUGGUUUUUUGUUAAAUUUCGUCGUAUCGUAAUCAUCUGAAUAUGGGUAGAAAGGAAGAAUCAGAACUGCAAACACAUUUGCAGCAAAUCAAUGAUGACAUCGAGUUCUAUCUGGAGCUAUUCCGAAUACCGGAAUCUAAGAAAGAUGAUAGCGACCUCGAGGAAUUUUUGUUGGACACAGACAAGGAAGUGAAACCUCUCCAGUUUGGUGCGAACAAACCAGCCAAUACGGCCGAGGAACUGGCGGCCCGGGUAGAUGUUAUGAAGAACAAGAUCACUGCCAAAUCACUGGCUCGCAAAGGCAAACAAAUCACCGAUAGUGGGAAGUUGGAACGUAAAAAGCUAAAAAAGGAGCAAACCCUUAAACGCAAGCUGCUAAAGAUUGGCAUGAUGACCGCGAAGAAGGAGGAACAGCGUUCCAAGAUGCUGGAUCACAAGCCGCUCGUUGUGAAGCAGGAGAAAAAACUAGACCCAACCUUCAAUCCCGAGGGUAAAAUAGUGUUCUCCAAAUUCCAGCUCGACGAGAAUGACAAGCCCAAGAAGGGUAUCGAAACGGAUAAGAAGAAACUGCUGAAAAAAGUUAUUCAAAACAAGAAACAUCUGACCGAGCUCAAAGAAUCCGGCGAUAUUGAAAAGUACGCCGAAGUGAAGAAGAAACAGGCAUGGGAAAAGGCCAUGGCUAAAACUGAAGGACAGAAGGUGCGCGACGAUCCGGCGCUGCUGGCGAAGAAAGUAGAGCUGCGCAAGAAGCAAAUUAAAAAGUCCAAAGAGGCGUGGAAGGAACGUAAUGAGAAGGUCGAACAGCAGAAGAUCCAGCGACAGAAGCAACGAACGACCAAUAUUAAAGAGCGCGCGUCUCAGAAGAAAAACAAGAAGCUACAAAAGCUGGCCAAAAAGGGUCGUAUCAUACCAGGAUUUUAGAAAUAUAAAAAAGUUCAAUUUUUCAAGGCAAAAAAACUAUCUUUCGCCAGA